ACGAAAUUUUACAGACUGGGUUGAGGGGGAGGGGAGGGGAGGGGCGGGGCGGGGAGGGAUGGGGCUCAGUGAACUUCGGCGAUAUCAUAUUUCUUGCGAUUUUGUUGUCCGAAUCUUCGUCUUCGGUUGGGUGUCGUUGGUGGCUUUCCUGUGGGGCUGCCGUGGCCUGUCCGGGUCACGCGGGAAUGGACACGUGUCGGCUGGGGGAUUCUCAUCAGGGGCUUCAUUCUCUGACUCGCUCUUCGAAGCAAAUGUCGGGCGUCUCAGGAAGUGGACACGUGUCGGUCCGUCGGGGGCGGGACCAGUCUUGUCGGGCUUGCACCCGCAUCCGGACCUGCCGCUGGCGCGCUCGCCGGUUUUUCUCGCGGGUUCAUGGGCCGUUGUACGAUCACAUGAUCCGAUGACCGCCAAUACAGCAGUGCCACGUGGACAUUGCCAAUCGGACGUCCGCAACCUCGUUGUUUCUCGCAGUCAUCUGUACUACGUCCUCCACCAGUGGUGCGCCACUGCAGACGGUACCAUCACCGAUGAUGGUAUGUCCGUCAGAAGCGCCUGUCCAUCCAAUACCAACCCUGGUUCGGACCCAACCAGCGGUGACGAAUCCACAGUGAUAAGCUAUUGGUGGCCUUACAACGAGCCGAACGGAACGAGAGUAGCAGAAGCUAGUAGGAAGUUCACCCGCUCUUCCAUGGCUUACGUAACGGGGGCCGCCAUGUCGAGGAGAGGCUCGCAUCUUGUCCUUAGCGUUAGGAGUGGGGAUGGGCGUUCCAUGAUCACAUCUUUGUCUCUUGCUGACGGCUCUCGAUCUUCUGUCCCGCUCAAUUUCUCGGUCGGCUCUUUAGCGAUGGACUACACGAGGACGCGUGUCUAUCUCUCGGUCGUCGGAUCUGGCGAUGCCGUGCUCUCCGUCCCGGUGAGCGAGUUCGGCCUGCCUCUGGAGGAGCCUAAGCACGUUGUUGACUAUCACUCGAAGCUGAAUGUGAACGCCACCGGUGUGCAAUUUCAGUAUGAGAGUCUGGUUUCCGACAGCAGCAGUAGUUGCCUCUGCCAUCUGACGAAACUGCCUCAGCGUGCAAGAUUCGGAGCGCGAGUGUUUGCGAUCGAUACUCACGUGAAAUCGUCGCUUAGCACUCUCGUAGCUGACUUCAGCAGCGGUCGCGAUCCCGAUCAUCAGUCUUUUGUCGUGCGUUUCCCUUUCCCAGCUGCCAUAUUAGCGACAACUGCCGACGGGUGCCACCUGUUCGCGACCGGACAGAGGGGUACUGUUUUCGGCCUGACGCUGGGCUCAUCGUGUGCGGAGGCCGCGGUAGACAUGGAACCAGUCCUGGAGUACAAACGGGCAGCCUUCAGGGGAUUAGCUCUUCACGAGGACCACGACGAAGUACGCCUGUUCCUUGGCGCCAGCGAUGGCAAUCUUUUUCAAGCACGAAUCUAUACGGGCCGCUUGUGGAGUUGCAAGUCGGAAUCUCGGAGGCUCCAGUACUUUCCUGGUAGCGAUCCGUUUAGACAAGAAAAAGAAAAAUGGGAUGCAGAAGCUAGAAGACUCGACUCGGUCGAGCCGAACCCACCCCUGGCGAACCACGAUCUGGGCAAUCAGCACCGACCCGUACCCUCUCAGCCGACCGCUCUCGACUCCUGGGGACUUGACACGUCGCGCGUGAAGAGCUUUCCCCUGAAAGACCUGACGGAUUGCACUCACGGCUUCAGCGAUGUUUGUCGGGUCGGGGCGGAGGGAGCGUUCGGGAAAGUGUACAGGGGCUCACUUCAGGGGGCGGAGGUGGCAAUCAAGCUCAUGAUUGGCGAGCUGACGGACGCCAAGCGGAAGCAAUUCAUCUCAGAAGUCAACGCUCUCAGCGGACUCAAUCAUGCCAACCUCAUUUCCCUCGUCGGGUACUGUGUUGAGGGAGGGCAUUGCGUCUUGGUGUACCCAUUCUUUGGCGGGGGAAGCUUGCACGACAGGUUGUUCCUCAAGCCAAGCUCGGAGCCGGGUGCAGACCCACCUCCAGAGGAGCCUCCGCGUGCCUUCCGGCCUCUAACCCUUCAGGAACGCAUGAGCAUCAUCUUCCAGGUUGCCAAGGGCCUCUGCUACCUUCACUACGCGGCCAGACCGCCCAUCAUCCAUAGGGACAUCAAGAGCAACAACAUUCUUCUUGGUACUGGUUCUGGGGAGAGGCUCCACACCGUUGUGGCCGACUUCGGUCUAGCAUCUAUAGGAGAGAGAGUGUUAGGGACUGCGCGCGAGCUUGUUGUCCUGACCUCUCACAUCGGCGGAACCUUUGGUUACAUGUCCCCAGAGUACAUGCUGAAAGGUGAGCUGUCGGACAAGAACGACGUGUACUCCUUUGGGGUCCUCCUUCUGGAGGUGCUGACGGGUACAAAGGUCCUUGCACCAGCAACUUCUGGGGUCGGAUGGCAGACGCUCGUGGAAUGGGUGAGGCCUUUCCUUCAAGAUGGAGAUGAUCCUGGGCCCGUCGUGAGAGUUCGCCGUGCGGCGUGCAGUGUGUGGCGGCCUUCGGCCAGCAGUUACGUGAAGUCAGUGAGCGCUGGUAGCGCCAGCGCCGCGCCCACAUGCGUUGUUGCAGCAGAUGGUCCGACAAUUGUUGGGAUGGGAAUGCUGAAACUAGCCUCCUCCCGGUCAUCCCUUGUGUCCAGCACAUUCCCCCCCCAGGAGUCCGUUGCUAUGAGAGGGAAUAUGCCAUGCUCUAACGUGUCACUGCGGCCUCCCCUUCGUGGCGUGCAAACAUCCGAAACAGCGUUCUCGAUUCAUGCGAGACAUGGGCUCCCCACCAUGGUUGGCAGCACCUUCUACCACGCUGCACCAGGUGCAGAGGCUGACCAGUCGCUGGGCAUGGAGGAUGCGUUCAUGGGAGAAGCCGGUACAGGAACAGAGGCGGACAUCGCAGGGACUCAACGUCGGCGUGCAUGCGACAUGAGCACGGGCAAGGAGGAUCCACAGGUGCCAGGUGCGGGUGGCAAUGCCGGCGACAGUGGAGAUACCCUGGCAUUGCUCCGCCUGCUGUUUGAGGACGACGCUGAGCAGCAACAAGGGAGUGGCAGAGAGAAGUUGAGAACGAAGCGGGAGAGGUACGAAUGGGUUGUUUUGAAGCUCGUCGAACAGGGGUUUCCAAAACGGGAACAUGAUGAGGCAGCAAAUCGUUUCUAUAGUGUCUUGGACAAUGCGAAGAAGAUCCGCGACUUUCAGAAGAGGUCCAGGGAAAGGAUAUUUUGGAACAUGGAGCGUGCGGAGCGCAGGGAGGAGGGGCUGCCCCUGGUUUUCGAACAAGCCACUUUCGACGCACUACAGUGGAAACUUAAGAAGUCUGAUGGAUUAUGUGAAGGCAUGGUGGACUCUGUCCAUCGCUUAGCCCGGGCUGCGAGCGCUGUCACGGAUGACGAUGAAGGCGGGGCCGCGAGUGAGGGGCAUGCAGGAUAUCGCUGGAAGGUCGAAAGCGAUAGCGAUGAGAGUUCCAAAAUGCGCCGGCAUUCCGGAGGGAGAGCUGGCGGGCGUAGCAGUUUGGAAUUCGAACAACCUGAACCGUCGAGGAAAGGUGCUGCUUUGGCAGACAUGGCGACUGUAAUCGUCGAGGCAAAUGAACUUCAAGCGGAGAAAAUAGCGGGAUCUUUUGCUCACGUCAUGGACGGCCUUAACAAGACAUUCGCAGACGGCAACACUAAGUUGUUGCAAUAUUUCUCUAUGUUAGCGACUACUAUGGGUGGAAGGUCGGAGUCCUCAUCCUCCCGUUCGCAAACUCGAGUGCACAGUGACGCUGACGAGGCUAAUGCGAAGAACGAAUGAUAGUGGUGAUGACAAGGCCUGCGCUGUUGUCAAGUGUGGUGAAUGUGUGAUUCUGAUACGUGGCCCGCCGUGUCUGUCAAUAUAUUGAUCGCUUUUGUUGCAGGGCUCGUUGCCUGUGUUCUGCUUCUCCUCUCUGGCUUACGUCGACAAUGGCACCCUCUCCCGUUCGCGAUAUUGCUGAGGUGUGCAACAUGGCGGGCGAUCUCGCGCUCACACAUCGUCGAUUGAUUAAGAACGCCCACGAACUGGCCAGAAAACGGGGAGUCCUAUUUAAAUGUGUGUCGAAGAUGGUGGAAGACAUAAAAGAGUUGCGGUCAGCAUUAGACGUCGCUCAAGUGGUUGAGGCGGUCGCUGUGUCUAGAGCGGAAGCAGCGGAGAGGGCGGUGGUAGAAUUACGUCAAGAGGUCAAGAUCCUUCAACGCACAGUCGCUAACAUCGGUGGUGCGUCCGAACAACAUGGCUGUGAUGGAGACAAUUUCGGAAUGCCAUUCAACAGCCCGGGAAGCAGCCGCACACGCACCGUUUCGCAAGUUGUYGUCUCCGUCKGAACURUACCGACGGAAUCCCCCAGACGUGCGCGCUCUGUGCACAGGCACGUCCCUAACUCCCCCCAUAGCCCCYGUCCUGCAUUUGUURAAGGGCUGUCUCCGGAUUCUAAUCGAAGUGAUGUCAACACAGUGGCUGAAAGGCUUCGUAGGGCCAUGUCCGUAGACCCAACUUCCCCUUCAAUGUAGUUAGUUGUCUUCGUGCUGCCAAUUUGAUCUGUGGCGGCUGUAGUUGCAGGAAAACCAUGCUAUCCCUCCGACUACCCCCCCCCUCCCCUCCCCUUCCCCUUCUGGUCCGGGUUCUGUGUGUUUACUUUUGGCCUCUUUACCGCUUGGUGCAUUUGUGUACAUAGCGACGUCGUUGGAAGGUUCCCCAAAGCUGUCUGAGGUGAAAGUCACACAGGUUGCGGCGUGUAUUGAAAUUGGACGAUGCCACAAACUGCCUUUGUGUUUUUGGCAUUUUGUGUACUGCAAUGUAAUACCCUCCGAAUUUUGGUUUUUGCACAAUCACAUUUCUUCACGGAAGUGCACGAUGCCGACGUAUGCUUAGAUUCUCACGGUCUGUAGUUCGGACCUCCACGCUUCAGCCUGUAAGGUAAGCUGGAUGAUGCUUCCAGCCGAGUUUGUUUAGCUGUACCUACUGCAAUGUGACGUGGGUUGGAAUUUUGGUUAUCCCACACUUGCUUCUUCAAGAAUCUUCAUGGAAUUGCACGACCAACCCCAAAAUGCGGUAGGUUACUCUGUGUUCAAUCUUGGCAUCUUUGCCUUUUCGUGUGUGCGUGUACAUAGCAGGUUCUUUGUGUAGGUUCCCAAAAGCAGUCUAUCCAGCUUUGGGGAAGCACAGGCUGCUUUGGUCUGUAUUGGAACUGGACGAUGAUUGGAGGCUUUUUUGUUUGGCACURUGUGUACUGCAAAUGUGAUAAAGAAACGAAUUUUGGUUUUGGCACGAACUCUUCUUCAGGGAAGUGCACCCCUGUCUGCUUAGGUUCUCUCAGUCUGUAGUUCGCACCAUCUUCCUGAARCCUCUAAGGUAAGCUGGAUCAGGGAAGGUGCCAUUUUUGUUUAGCCUAGUUUUUUUUUUAAUUUGGCAUUCGAUUGUCUCGCCCCGAGUGUUGGUGGGCAGCACAAUCUCGUUUCUUCAGGAUUUCGUGUGUGCGUGUACAGAGCAGGUUCUUUSYUUAGGUUGGCACAGGCAGCGUUGGCCUGUAUUGAAACUGGACGAUGAUUUGAGGCUUUCUUGUUUGGCAGUAUGUGUACUGCAAACGUGAUUAAGAAACAAAUUUUGGUUUUGCAC